UGGCCAUCAUGACGGAGUCCAGGAGAGGGUUGCGGUGGGCGGAGCUUGAAAACACACCUUUUUUAACAGGUUUAGAGCUUCCACCCAUCAACUGAAACUCGGAGUUUCUGUUUUUGGCACGUCUUUCGUCGACCCACGUCCCACCCGAAGAGAUCCAGCCAUGAGGGGGCGCUCUAACAGUCUUUGCCAUCUUGUCUUUACUGUCUUCAUCUUGUUGGUUGGUGGAGCUUCAGUGUCAGGGCUGAGGGUCUGCUCUUACAACGUGCAGCGCUUUAACUCUGCAAAAGCAGCAAACUAUGUGGUGUUGCACACUGUGACACGGAUCGUGUCCCGCUGUGACAUCUGUCUCCUGCAGCACGUGGUUGACCCAGAUGGUAAAGCAAUCAAAGCUUUGUUGACUUUACUCAACAGGAAAUUUGACAGGUAUGGCAAACAUCGUUAUGAAGCUGUGUCCAGUAAAGGUCUGGGAAAGUCGUCUGAUGACAUGCAGCAGUACGUCUUCAUCUACAGGGCACGUCUGGUUAAUGUGACGGGUCAGCACCAGUACAAUGGUAAACAAGCCUUCGUCAGACCGCCAUUUGCCGUCCAGUUCUACUGCAAUAAAACUGAUAUCAAGGACUUUAUUUUGGUUCCCCUCCACAGUGACCCUGAGCAGGCCAUCCAGGAGAUCGACUCGCUCUAUGAUGUCUUUGAGGAAGUCAGUGCAAAGUGGAACAACACGAAUGUGAUGUUCCUGGGAGAUUUCCACGCCAGCUGUGCCUACGUCACCCGGAGCAACAAGAGGGACAUCAGACUCUACAAGGACUCCAACUUCUCCUGGCUUAUUGGAGACGGAGUAGACACCACCGUCACUGACGAGACCAACUGUGCCUAUGAUAGGAUCGUGGUUUACGGACAGCCCUUCCUGAUGGGCAUCCAGCCAUUCUCUGGAAAAGUCUUCAACUUCGGCAAAGAAUUCAAAAUCAAUCAGAGAAAGGUGCUGGUUGUGAGCGACCACUAUCCAAUCGAGGUGACAUUAAAAGGUUCCGCCUUCCUCCUUCAGGCCACGCCCCUGCUGAUCCUCCUCGGUGUCUCUGUGAUCGUCCAGUUCUUCCUUCCUGCCGUGUGAUCGUCUGAUUGAGUCUUGAUAGCCAGAAGUUGAUAUUUUUGAAGCAGUUUGUUUAGCAGUUACUGAGCUGUGAUACAGCCUCUGCAGCAACAAUAUGUGAUGAACGCACAUUUAGAAGAUUUUAUUCAAAAUAAGGUUUUAAUUCUCCAUCAGGUGGAGAUAUAGAUUUUACCACAUAAAGGCUGAACUGCAGGUUUGGUUUUAGGAGAUUUGUUAUAAUCUGUUAGCUAUUGGCUCUGAUCUAAUCUGUGUUGUUUAGCUCUAAGGUUGACCUGCAGACACUGACAGCCAGGAAAUGACUCCGAACUGGAGGAAGUAAAGUUUUCCACCUAUUAUGUUUUUAAAUGAGAACCUUCAGGAUAGAGUUCAUUUUACCAUCCUCUUUAUUUUUUUCUGUGAUUCUGCUUUUUAACGCAGUUGCUUUCUGACCGUGUACAGAAACUGAUGUAGAUAGUUUGAAGAUGUCAGGAAAUUUAAGAACAUGAAUAAAAUCUGUGGAUUCUUUUAACUCUGUAA